AUGGGAGAUCAAACUGAAAAUGUCGGUGUUGUUCCUUUGGGUUUAGCUGGACAACCAACAGUUGACACAACCAGUCCACUCUAUGUGCAUCCCUCAGAUAAUCUCGGUGCAAUGUUAGUACUAACUCCAUUUGAUGGAAUCGGGUAUCGAUCAUGGAGAAGAGGCGUUCUGCGAUCCCUAUCUGUGAAGAACAAAGUCGGCUUCAUCACCGGAGAAUGUGUGAAACCAGGGCCAACUUCAUCUCAACUGCGACAAUGGGAGAGGUGCGACGAUAUGGUAACUUCUUGGAUCCUUAACUCUCUUACUAAGAAAAUUGCAGAUAGUGUUGAAUACGUUAAUAGUUCAAUAGAGCUCUGGAAGGAGUUAGAUGAUCAAUAUGAUCAAAUCAAUGGUGCGAAGCUAUACCAAAUACAAAAGGAAAUUAACGACAUAGCUCAAGGAAAUCUCGAUAUCACUACUUACUAUACUAGAUUGAAAAAGUUAUGGGAAGAGUUGUGCACUCUAAAUGCCCAGGGACAAUGUACAUGUACUUGCACUUGUGGUGCAAAAGAUAACUCACAUAAGGCAGAACAAUCUCGGAGAUUGAUUCAUUUUCUCAUGGGACUCAAUGAAGUGUACACUGUGGUGAGGGGGAAUAUUCUUAUGAUGACUCCAUUGCCAAGCAUGGCGCAAGCAUUUUUGAUAUUGAUUCAGGAAGAGAAACAACGCGAGUUUAAACCAAACAAUCAACACUUCAUGGAGUCCACCUCCCUCAAUGCAAGCUCGUCUGGUGCUUCUUCUUCAAGAGCCUUUAAGACAAAUUAUUCCCCAGCAACUAUCCUCCGAGGCAAAAUUAUGCAUCUGGUAGUACAUCUGGAAAUUACUAUACAAGAAGGCCUAUGUAAUUACAACAGUAGCCAGGAUCAUCACCAACAACAGCCUUACAGGUCCAAUAAAGGGAAAGGAAAAGUGGCAAAUGUACAUGGACAACCUGCUGUUGACGUCUCAGAUAAAGGGAAGGGUCUGGCCAUCCAGAAUGAGGAUCAAACUGUUAGUCUAACCAAAGAGGAAUAUGGACAAAUGAUGCACUUGCUGAGACAAUUUCAAUGCAAUGAUGAUUCAGACAACACUCAUGGAACUACAAAUUUUACAGGUAUUGUAAUCUGCACUUCUUCAAUUGAUUUUAGUAAGCCAUCUUGUAAAUGUUAUGAAUCAAAGGUUGACCAGUGGAUUCUAGAUUCAGGAGCUUCCAACCACAUGACCUUUAACAAAGCCUCUUUGACCAAUAUAAAAACACUACCAUACCCAAUGCUUAUCAGUCUUCCAAAUGGUUAUAAGGUUAAGCCCCCUUCAAUGAAGAGGCCUCAGGAGAUUGGUAGUAGCAGAGAUGGACUGUAUUACCUGUGUUCAAAGUGCUUGAAAAGCAACAGGGUCAAUUCUAAGACAAAUCCCAUUUCCUCUUGUAAUUGCAUUUGUAGUUCAAGCUCUAGUUCUUGUCUUUCUAGUUCACCAUCUUUGCAUUCAGUUGUAGACCUUUGUAAUAAGAAUAUUUCUCUUCAAGCUGCUGCAUGUAAUGAAAGUGUUUUCCUUCAGUCUGCUCUUCCUUGCUCAUCUAAUGAAACUAAUGUGGACUUGUUAUGGCACAAUAGGCUUGGACCUGUUCCUUUUUUGGCUGUUGUUGGUGAUGAUCCUGGCUACUAUUGUAAUUCUGUACUAACACAUAGGCCUUCUUGUAGACCUACUAUACCUAAGCUCCACAGAGAUAAAUUUGACCCCAAAGCCACACCACACAUCUUCAUUGGAUAUCCAUUUGCAACGAAAGGUUACAAGGUAUUAAGCCUAGCAACAAAAAGACUGCAUGUUUCUAGAGAUGUUGUGUUUCCUUUUAGUUUGUCUCCAAAUGGGUCUUCCUUUCCUGCUGUCUUUAAAUCUGUGUCAAAAUCUGCACAAUCUGCAGAUGUGUUCAUUGAUGAUGUGUUACCUAGUGCUGCACCUAUUUAUGAUAAUCAAAGAAACACUAGUGUUAUAACCUCAAAUUUUGGUCCUGCCACCAUUAAACCUCCUUACUCCCACAAUGAUGUUGUACCUAAAACACAACCUACUCAACCUCAAAGGAGAUCUAUUAGGACCCACAAAGCAGGUACCUACCUGCUAGAUUAUGUAUGUCCUACACCCAAAGCAAUAACUUGUUCCACACCAUUAUCUCUAAGCUCACUAUUUUGUCGACAUAGUCACAUUGCUCCUGAUGUCCUAGCAUUGACUAGUCAGCACUUGGUUAACAAUGUUUGCAAUGAUAGUGAACCAUCAUCAUUUGAGCAGGCAAUUCUCAAUCUUGCAUGGCAAACAACCAUGACACAAGAAUAUGAAGCAUUACAUGCCAACCACACAUGGGAUCUGGUUCCUUUACCUGAAGGGAAGAAAGCCAUAUGA